AUGACUGCUGUGCUGCUCACAGUCCUCAACUUCACCUUCAUGCACCUGAGUGUCGUGGAUGUUGUGUGGUCCCAUUCUUGCCUUGUAGACUGGGCUGCUGCCAUCCGUGUCGCUGCUCUGGACUGUGCAGAAGAAAAGAACCAGGACGUGUGCCGCACAUAUGACAUCCACUUCUACCCCACCUUCAGGUAUUUUAAAGCAUUUACAAAGGAGUUUACAACAGGAGAAAACUUUAAAGGACCUGACAGGGAGCUUCGGACUGUCAGGCAGACGAUGAUUGACUUCCUACAGAACCACACAGAGGGCACUCGGCCUCCUGCGUGCCCACCCCUGGAUCCUGUUCAGCCCAGUGACAUCCUUUCCCUCAUGGACAGCCAUAGUGGCCAAUACCACGCUGUUGUGUUUGAAAGCAAUGGUUCUUAUGUUGGACGAGAGGUGAUCUUAGAUUUGAUUCCAUAUGACAACAUCGUGGUGAGCCGAGCACUGGAUAGGGACAAAGCAUUUCUGGGGACACUUGGCAUUUCUUCAGUUCCUUCCUGUUACUUGAUUUACCCAAAUGGGUCUCAUGGACUGGUUAAUGUUGCAAAGCCUCUACGAUCGUUUUUCUCCUCUUACUUAAAAUCCUUGCCAGAUGUGAGGAAAAAGUCACUUUCCUUUCCUGAAAAGCCCAACAAAGAAGAAAAUUCAGAGGUUAUGGUUUGGAAAGAAUUUGACAGGGCCAAGCUGUACACCGCAGACUUGGAGUCGGGACUUCACUACCUGCUGAGAGUGGAGCUGGCUGCCCACAAGUCCCUGGCUGGAACUCAGCUGAAGACAUUUAGGGACUUCAUGACUGUCAUUGCCAAGCUGUUCCCCGGCCGGCCGUCAGUCAAGAAGCUUUUGGAGACAGUGCAGGAGUGGCUGGCCAACCUCCCCCUAGACAAGAUUCCGUACAAUGCCAUCCUGGACCUAGUCAACAACAAGAUGCGGAUUUCUGGAAUCUUUCUUACCAGCCACAUAAAGUGGGUGGGAUGUCAAGGAAGCCGAUUGGAGUUGAGGGGCUACCCAUGCUCCCUCUGGAAACUGUUUCACACUUUGACGGUUCAGGCCUCUACCCAUCCAGAAGCACUGGUUGGCACAGGGUUUGAAGAUGACCCCCAGGCUGUGUUGCAGACCAUAAGGAGAUACAUUCAUACAUUCUUUGGGUGCAAAGAAUGUGCUGAGCAUUUUGAAGAAAUGGCUAAGGAGUCCAUGAAUUCUGUGAAAACCCCAGACCAAGCUGUUCUCUGGCUUUGGAGGAAACACAACAUGGUGAACAGCCGCCUGGCAGGCCAUCUGAGUGAGGAUCCCAAAUUUCCAAAGGUUCCAUGGCCCACUCCAGACCUCUGCCCAGCCUGCCAUGAGGAAAUUAAAGGCCUGGACAGCUGGAAUGAGGACCAGGUACUUGUGUUCCUGAAGCAGCACUAUAGCAGGGACAACCUGGUAGAUACAUACUCUGUGGACCAGGGCAGUCCUGGUGACUGGGGAGAUCUUGGCAAGGAGCAGGAAGAGGGUGAAGGUCUUAACCCCUCAGGAAAGUCCUGGAUCCAUCAGGAUGCUGAGAGUCUCCGUCCACCCCACAUACUGGGCCCCAGAACUGAUCUUUCCAAGAACCUGCACCACAGGCUGGACCUAAGACUCCAGAGCCCCAAGGGUCUCCAGGCACUUGAAGAGGCCAAGGCAUCUGUGCCCUUCCUUGGGAUUGGUUUCUCCAGUCUGGACAUGAGCCUCUGUGUGGUGCUGUAUGUGGCCUCCUCCUUGUUCCUGAUGAUCAUGUACUUCUUCUUCCGAGUGAGGUCCAAGCGAUGGAAAGUUCGGCUCUACCACCCAGCUGUGUAGAACACAUGGGACAGCCAUGGCAACACAGAGGAAGCCUUUGAAGUCACCCACGCACCUGCAGCUUUAAUGUUGGGAUCAGGGAUUUUGGAAAUGUGCCCAGCAUGGUGUCUGGAGGAGCAUGUUUUGUUUUGUUUUUACUGGAACAUUUUGCCUUGUUGCCACCUUGUCCUCACCUUCCCAGCCUCCGUAUCAGACUUGUGUGUAUUGGCCUUGUAGGCCAGGAGGCAGGUCCAGCACAUAGCCCUCCAUGUUGCAGCUCCCUCACGGGGACUCACAUCUGUGUCUGCCUUCCCUUACCCCCCAACCCUGGCUCCCUGGGGGCAGUGGUGGUGACAGUAGAUAGGAGGGCCAACCCAGUCAGGCUGUAGUGCAGUUCUGGUCCCCAUGGUGAGAUUCUGCCCGACAGCCAGUGGUGAGCAGGAGUGCAGUCUCUGGAAAGCCUCUAUAACCCCUGUCAUGUCUCAUGUACACUGCAGAAGGCAUUGAUGGAGGCACAGAUGCUGGGCACAUGCAAUGGCCCCUGCAUACGAGACCUCCUGGCCUUGAGGGUAACUUUAAUAACAAACAAAAAAUUAACAGUUUAAAUACAUUAUUUGUAAAAUCCCAAAACACUGAAUGGUAAACUUGUGCCUAAAGACUUUAAAAAAAAAAACAAAAACAAAAAAAAAAAAACAUAGAUUAAGUCUACAUUUAUGGAAACAUUCCUACUGAGACCUGUCAUGGCUCAGGAGCUUCUUUUUAUUUGGAUAAAGCAAGCUAGCUUUGUGUGUGUGUGUGUGUCUGUGUCUGUGUGUCUGUGUGUUUGACUGUAUGAUGAAUGUGUGUACCUCUGUGUUCUCACAUGGGUAUGACUUGGUUAGUUAAAUAUACAUUCCACUUUGCAUAAUCUAUAUUUUAUAUUUGCUUCCUUUCCAACAACAGCUGAUCACAUGGGUAUCAUUUAAAACCUUGUAUUAUCAAUGUUUCUGCUGCCACUUAAAAAAAUGGACCGCUGUCUCCUUGGGCUGUUGUUAACCCUCCUUCCAUCUGAUGGGAGCAUCAGCAAGGCCUCCCUGCUGGGACAGGCAUGGCCUGGGCCCAGCCACUUGAACCUCCUGCUUCACUUCCCUAUGGCAGGAGGAAACCUGGAAUUCUGUGCUUUUUUAAAAAACAAACAAACAGAUGAGUUCAUCCUUAUUGUUGCCUGCGUGUCUAGGUUAUUGAGACAACAUUGGUCCAUCAGCUUGAAAAUCAGGCCUGUUUAAGCACAGCUCCAAAGAGAAAUGCUUUGAACACACAUUGAACUGCCUCUGGGGAGCAAUGCUGAGGGGACUUCUGUAACUGUGACCCGAGGGCUGCCACAGUACCCCACAAGGCCUAACAUGGCUGAUGUUUGUAGAAGCCCACCCUGGGCAGAGCCUACUUUCAGAUGCACUUGUAGAGUCCCAGGCCAUCCCUUCUGGGGGACAAGCUUGCCACAUACAUCUGUUUGGACUGUCAGUUCUGCAGUUAGAAGGCUUGCCUAAAGGGCCCUGCUCAGCUCUGGGACCUACCUUUAGGCCAUGUAAGUCUCUUCUUUUAAAGUCUGAAGUAUUAUGAGAUGUAUUGCAAUUAAUGGAUAUAAUAGUUCAAUAAUUUAAAUGUUUAUUUAUUUUUAAUGCAAAGAUUUUGAUUAAAAAGCCAAUUGGCAUGAAAAUGUCAAUGAAAUUUCUUACCUGCCAAGAAAGGGUACAUUUUGUAUUUAAGUAAACUACUGUGCACAUUUUAAGAAUAAAGAAAUCUGACAUUUGA